ACUUCUCUUCUAUUGAUUGUUGAAUCUCCCCUUGUAGCGUCUGCUACUAUCUCAAUAUGACAUUCAACUCUAAACUCCCAGUCAAAUACACUAUUGUCUUCUUUGCAAGCUUCUUGGUUGCUUUGUGGAGUGUAGGCAGUGAGGCAGCUAGUCAAGCUGCAGAGCCGAUCCCUCCCGCUACAGAAUUACCAGACGAACUAUUCACUCUCACCACUGAGGUGGAACGUGCAACUUUGAAAACAGGUGAUUUGACUGAGCUUUCAACAAAAAAGCCACUAGAAAAGAAAGAAGCAAUAAGCAAAACAACGACCACCGAAAAGCCUGUGGUUACUACCAAGACUCUAUACCGUCUCAAUGCGAACAGUGGAACGGCCUGUAUCCUGCUGAGAACCGAUGCCCUGGUCUCUUUCGUAUACACCACACGGUUAAAAGAGCAAAUUACAAAAGACAUUUAUGUGCCUGGAAAUGUGGAGACAGAUGGAGACUGCUCAGAAGAUACAGCUCGCUUGGACCUCAAAUGGCCAAACUUUAACCUCAGAUGGUAUUUUGAAAAGACUCCUGGGGGAGAGAGAUGGUUUGUUGAUAAAAUUGAACUUAUUUUUGAUGCCUCCAGUGGAAAACUGGAACACUUAAGAAACUCUGACCAGAAGCUAACACUGUCUACUCCGAAGAGUCACAGUGCCCUGCUGUUUGUAACACCUGUAGGUCAGGCUUACACGUGUCUACGUGAAGUGAAGAUCCGACUUACAACCUCCAAGAGUGACUUGAUCGCAGAGGUUCUGCUGCGGGAGCUUGAGGUCCAACCUUUUAUCUUCAAGAGCAGUAAUUUUGGACCAGAGUACCGAUGUCCUGCUCCCGGACAGAGCACUUACCGCAGUGAGACGGCUCCGCUGAUAGUUGGCAGUAUCUUGGCAGCCGCCUGUCUUGCUACCGUUACCGGAUACAGCAUCUUCCGCUACUUCAAGAUCAAGAAGGUCCAGUACGACACAAUGGAGUAAACUCAUCUCUUUCAGUCCUCUUAUUACUUAACGUAUUGUCUUUGGUGCUCUUUUGUCAACGGAUUUUUCGAUUCUCGCCUGUUCCUCGUACUACGACAUCUGUUAAAUUUAUUUCCUAUUUUAGCAAUAAGUCGUUUUGUCUGUUUAAAAUUGUAUAACAUUCUAAAUCACUUUGAUUUAAAUAAAGUUUUGAUCCAUUUUUGAUUGUUUAUACCAGAAUUAUAACUAGAUUUAUUUGGGGGAAGGGGGAGAAUAUGAAGCUUUUAUUAGUACUGGUCCUGGUAGUGCAUUUAUAUUAUUUUGAAUAAAAAACUUCGUACAAAUGCUUUAAAUGCAUAUAAACAAUAUGAAAUUCAUUGUAAAACUAAAGAAUGUAUUUUUUUAACUUUAAAAAUCAUUAAAUAUACUGUACAUAUAUUAUUUAGUAGAGUUGCCCUAUUUGUUAAAUGUGUAUGCAUAAUGUAAACUUAUUUCUGCUGUAUUAAAUAUUUUUUCUAAUAAUUUAUUGGGAAAAAAAUUUACUUUGUUCAACUUAUAAAAUAAUAUACCUAUGUAUUUGGAUAGAUAAUUAAACAAAUAGCUAAUGUAACUGUUUAUUUACUAUUUGUGAAACUGCCAGGAAUUUUGAAGUAGUAGACUUCAAAUCUAUUGCCGUAACUAAAGAACAAAUGAUUUAAAAAUGAUAAUGUUAAGAUAUACAUUGUUGCUUAAGUAUUAAUCAUAGUGAUUAAUUUUAUUUGUUAUUGUUUGAUAUUAUUUCUUAUUAUUUUAGUUUUAUUUUAAGUAUCUUUUAGGAAUACUUAUAACGUUUCAUAGGAAACUAUGAAAGGUAUUACAAGAAUUGUUGUUUUGAAGCGACACAUCAUAUUAUGGAUUAGUUUUAAGAUAUGUAGUGUCAGGGCUUAGGCUAGUUCAGAAUUCUUCGUAAUGUACGAUAAAUAUUCUUUUCUUAAAAACUGAAAAAUACUGUAAAAACUGAAUAAGUAUUUUUUAUAGCAUGUAUUAGUAAAAUGUAAAUGUUGAACAUUUUGUUUCAACUUCUUAACAAAAUCGUAUGAUAGGAUUUGUAGUAAUAGAAAUUUUUAGUACCUCAGAAACAAGCAUAUCUUCAAUACUAAUGGUAAAUCAUUUCGCUAAAAUCGUCAAUACUAACAAAAAACAAAAUAUUGGCAGAAUUCAUUGAAUUUGAAAAUAGUCAAUUUAAAUAUAGCUCUUUUUCAAUUCUACGUAUGAUUUAAUUUUUUAGAUAUUCAAAAUUUAGCCUGCAGUUAAAAUAUCUGAAUUAAUGAGCUUCCACUUAUUACAAAUACUUGUACAUUUUAAUACAAAAAUGUUUUAUUUUAAGCUAUGUAGUUAAUUUUUGUUAUCCAAUUAAUGUUUUCAUGAUUGAAAGACGUCUCUGGCACCUGUUUAACAAUUUUUAGUUUACAAUCUGUAGACUAUAUGUUGAAGAAACUUAAAAGAAAGGCAAAUAUAUUUUUAGAAUAAUUUUAUAUUUAAGAAAAGUAGGAAAUUAAUAGAUUAAAACCAGCAAUGAAAAUCCUGUUUAUUGUAUUGGUACUGUAUUUGAAACUAGCUCUCAGACAGUAAACAUUAAAAUGAAAAAACUUGAAGGUUUCUGUUGUGAGAAUAAUGGCUGAAAUCAUUAAAUAAAGAAUAUUAAUUGUUUAACAGAUUUAUUAGCUGAAUGUUAGCAAAGGCAAUAAUUUAUUUAGUUUGCUUUACUAAUCACACCAUCUCUUCUCUUUGAAAUUUCGGUAAUCAAAUAAGAACACUUUGACUUUUACAGGAAGAAUGAGAGCAACCCUUGUCAUCCUUCUCUGAAAAAAUUCCUAAUUGCCAAGGAUGUAUUGCUUACACUCAUAUUUCGUGACUCAGCAAUACAUUUGACGUUAAACGCAGAAUACGUUGCUAUACAAUUUUUAAAAAACAGUAGCUUAAGCCCUGAACUAAAUGUAAAUAUAAUUUUAGUAAUGUUGUUAUUGUUGUUUUAAUAAGUAGUUUGGUAUUAAAAUAAUGUUGUACAGUGAUGAGUUUAGUGAGCUUUUAUAUUACGUGAAUGUGUCAAUGUUUGAAAUUCUUUAUUAAUUACUACUCCAAAUUUUAUACUUUAAUUGUUUUGUGGCAAAAUCUCUGACCUUUAUUUCUACAUUAGACCAUAAGCAUAAUUUAAAAAAUGUAGAUUUCUUUCUUUUCAAUGUAUAACUUAGUCUGUUAUAUUUGAUAAAAGUUAGCAUAGUUAAAGAUAUUUUUGUUAGAGCCACGUUGUAAAUGAAUGGUAUUAUUACAAAAGCAUUAGAGAGAAAAUAGUUACGUAAAUAAAAUAUUGAACAUAGAAUUUAUUUCAUUGCACUUAUGUUAUUUAAAGUGUAAAAAGUUAAUAUUGUAAACACAAAAUUAAAAUGACUCGAACGAGGAGAAAAUAUAUUCUUAAAUAUUUCCAACUGCUAUUUUACAACAUCAAUAAAUUUUACUGAAUUUAUUAGGCACAUUAUAGUCAAAUAAAAAUAAAUUAGAUUACUAUUUAAAUUUGUAGUUCUUAUAAAUACAGUGUGAAAAUUAAAAAAAAAAAAAAAAAAACACACACACACACACAAUUUUAGAUGAUUUUAAUUAUAGUAAGAAAACCAUCAAACCUUUUAACAACAAAAUUAUAAUAAAUGCUUAAAUAAAUUAAAUGUGAUGAGAUUCAUAUAUUGAAAAUGUAAAUGGGCAUAGAUAUCAAUUCAAAUAUAGGAUAAUUGUAAAACUUAAUACAUUUUGGAUAGUCCAACAUUUUGAAUAAUUAUUAAUGGUUAUAGUACAAUGAUAUACAUUUCUGUAUAUAAUAAUAAGUAAUAUCACUUUAAAAACAAGCAUGAAGGUCCUUUUAGGGAUAAGUGCAAUGGGAUGUAUCUCAACUUCUUGUCCUAAGGGAAAAAAAUUAAUUUCAAAAAUUUCAUGAGGAUCUAGAGAUGCAAGCUUUUGAUCACUUAGUCAAGGUUAACAUAUGACACCCACAUGCCUUAUAAAGAGAAGAAUUUGUUUAUAGUUGUAGCCGUAUAAGUAUUAUUAUGGUACAAGAGCUGUUGUUUAAUGCUGAGGUUCUUUGAUGCUAUAGUCUAAUAUGGUCAGCGUAAGAGGCAGUGGUUUAUGUAUAAUUAGCAAUUGGGUGAUGAGUGAAAUUUCUGCAUUGAGUGGAUUGCAUACUAUGUGUGUUGGACUGCAGCCAACAGCUCCUGUCUUCACAGCUGUGUUGGACUGCAGGCUUCAACUCUUGCGUUCACAGCAAUUGCCCCUGAUAGCGUAGCCUAACAGAACUUACUGAUUGUGUUGAACUGCAGGCUUCAACUCCUGCCUUCACAGCAAUUGCCCCUGAUGGCGGUAGCCUAACAGAACUACUGAUCGUGUUGGACUGCAGCCUCUGUAAGCCUUGGAAGCUCCUGUCUUCACAGCAGUGUUGGACUGCAGGCUUCAACUCUUGCGUUCACAGCAAUUGCCCCUGAUAGCGUAGCCUAACAGAACUUACUGAUUGUGUUGAACUGCAGGCUUCAACUCCUGUUUUCACAGCAAUUGCCCCUGAUGGCGGUAGCCUAACAGAACUACUGAUCGUGUUGGACUGCAGUAUUUAACUCCUGCCUUUACAGCAAUUGCCCCUGAUGGCGGUAGCCUAACAGAACUACUGAUCGUGUUGGACUGCAGUAUUUAACUCCUGCCUUUACAGCAAUUGCCCCUGAUGGCGGUAGCCUAACAGAACUACUGAUCGUGUUGGACUGCAGUAUUUAACUCCUGCCUUCACAGCAAUUGCCCCUGAUGGCGGUAGCCUAACAGAACUACUGAUCGUGUUGGACUGCAGUAUUUAACUCCUGCCUUCACAGCAAUUGCCCCUGAUGGCGGUAGCCUAACAGAACUACUGAUCGUGUUGGACUGCAGUAUUUAACUCCUGCCUUUACAGCAAUUGCCCCUGAUGGCGGUAGCCUAACAGAACUACUGAUCGUGUUGGACUGCAGUAUUUAACUCCUGCCUUUACAGCAAUUGCCCCUGAUGGCGGUAGCCUAACAGAACUACUGAUCGUGUUGGACUGCAGUAUUUAACUCCUGCCUUUACAGCAAUUACCCCUGAUGGCGGUAGCCUAACAGAACUACUGAUCGUGUUGGACUGCAGUAUUUAACUCCUGCCUUUACAGCAAUUGCCCCUGAUGGCGGUACCCUAACAGAACUACUGAUCGUGUUGGACUGCAGUAUUUAACUCCUGCCUUCACAGCAAUUGCCUAUGACGGCAGUAGCCUUACACAAGAAAUCCUUGUGUUAGAUGAUCAACUCAAAUUUGAUGUUUUAAAAAAUAUAUUUAAAAAAAUUACGAACCCUGUGAAAAUUUCAAAAAAGGAUACAGAUGAUCUGGAUAAAUUAGUAGGCUAUAGGCACUCAUAUUACCAACUUUUAUAAUAAUUUAUAUAAAAUACAUUAUUAUACAUCAGUUUACCUAUAUACAAAUAUACAAACACACUCACACAGGAAUAUUAGUUCUUAAACACUGUUGUAUAUUACGAGAUUCUAAAACAAAUAUUGAUAAGAAAUGAAGCAAUUGAUAAAAAUAAAAAAAAUUUAAUUGCACAAAAACAAUAGUUUUUAUUCUCCUCGUAAAAGUAAUUUUCAUCCACUCCAAAUGUUUUGGAAAGAUGAAAAUUCAAAAUACCUCAAAUAAGAAUAAUCCAUCUCCUCGGCCGACUCAAAUAUAAAGUGUUAAAAAUUACUUUUAGAUGUAGUUUGAUUCAUAGCAUCGUUAUAAUAUAUGACAGCUAGCAAUUGUGUACAUAUCAAGCCUUAGUGACUGGGUAAGAGGUUACCGUAUGUGUGGUUCGACUACGGAACAGCUGAAGUGUACGGUACCUAGUCAAUUCUUAGCUUUAUCAAGUGUACGUGCUAAGUGAUUUGUAUUAUUAAAUUGUCUUCCAUGUUAUUUGAUCGAUUAUCUUAACUAAGUUAUCAAGUGCUGAUAUUAUAUUAAAUAAAGAUGAUUAAUGUUAUAGAAAUA